GAGCAGCAGCGGCCAGGCGUCGCGUUGCUGCAGUGCAGAUCGAAUGGAUUUCUCUCGGCUCACAGACGCAAUGGCGUCAAGAUCAUUCGACAAAAUCGGUGAUGUCUGCGACCAACUUAUGCUUCAGCUCGCUUCACAGGGCGUUGCAUUUCAAGAAGAAUGGCCGUAUGCUGUUCAUCUCCUAGGGCACAUUUACCUAAAUGAUCUAAAUAGCGCUCGGUUUCUGUGGAAAUCUAUACCAUCUUCAAUCAAGGAGAAUCGUCCAGAAGUUGUUGCCGUCUGGAAAAUUGGGCAGCACUUGUGGACUCGAAAUUAUGCAGGUGUGUAUGAUUCGAUUCGUGGAUUCAAUUGGAGUGCAGAGAUUCAAAGUUUUGUCGCCUCAUUUGCAGAAAGGUACACCAAAAGGAUGUUAGAGCUAUUGAUGUCUGCUUAUUCAACUAUAAGCGUUCAAGAUACAGCUCUUUUUUUGGGGAUGAACGAGAAUGAUGCCACAAGUUAUGUAUUGCAACAAGGGUGGAAUGUGGAUGCUGCUUCUCAAAUGCUUACUGUUAAGAAGCAAACUGUCGUAACUGAGCAKARAAUAGAUCCGUCCAAAUUGCAGCGUUUGACCGAAUAUGUAUUCCACCUUGAGCAUUAGCGUGUAAAUCUCGAAUGUACUUUUGUCUCGACUAGUGAAGGGGUAUUUUUACAAAUUCUGUUUAUUGAUGCAUAUUAUUUAAAAUUCAAUAUUAUAAGUAAUUUUGUAUGAAUACAAUUUAUUAAAGCUUCAUUUUUU